AAGUUGAACGCAGUUAAAGUUUGCAGAGUGGAAAAAAAAUGGGUGAGAAAAUUAGGUACGAUACAAUAUUUGCUAGAAGCUUUAGUCGAUAUGACCAGAAAAAGUUAGGAUAUGGAGCAUUUCUAGCUUGUUUUCUUAUUGCAUUGAGCUUCUCCACUGUCUUCAAGCCUUAUUUGGGUCCUUUAACUGUAAAUAAGAGACUAUCAAUCAAUGAUGGUUUGAAGAUGGUAAGGGCCAAUGAUACAAUCAGCUCUAAUGCAACAUUUUUUAGUAAUGUUGUAAUUAGCUUUAAUGCCACCGUUGAAAUGGUUAGUGACGGUUCGAGUAAUAUGAGUUCAACGUCGAGAAAUUACACGAUCGGUUCCAGUACGAGCAGUUCUAAGACGUUGGGAUUCAAUUACACUAAUGGUGUAAUACGGAAUGAUACAAGGUUGAUGCCAGUGUUAGAGAUCAACAAUGGAAGCAGUUCUCAACAAGGACAGGGUGGCGUACCAGAGAAAAUAAUAGAGCCAAUUUGCAAUAUUGAAGGAAGAACAGAGUUUUGUGAGAUGAAUGGAGAUAUAAGGAUCAAUGGGAAAUCCUCUACGGUUUUGCAAGUUGGUAUGAUGACUGAAAAUAGUUCAUGGAUUAUCGGUCCGUAUGCUCGAAAAGGAGAUCGCGAGGCUUUGAGUCAUGUAACAAAAUGGAGGGUGAAAACCGGGGUAAAGGAUGGUGACAACGGAGUGCAUCAAUGCAAUCGGUACCAUGGAGUUCCGGCUGUUGUUUUUUCGCUUGGCGGAUAUGCGGGGAACAAUUUCCAUGACUACACCGAUAUCAUUAUUCCUCUUUAUCUAACAUCUCGACGGUUUAACGGAGAAGUGAAGUUUCUUAUCACCAACAAGAACCCAUGGUGGAUCAACAAGUUCAAGACCAUACUACGAAAUCUUUCCCAUUACGACCCAAUCGACAUUGAUAAUGAACAACAAGUCCAUUGUUUCCCAACCGUGAUCAUCGGCCUAAAACGCGACCCUAAAGAACUAACCAUCGAUCCAUCGAGAUCACCUCAUUCCAUGAAAGAAUUUCGACAAUUCCUUAGAACAACGUACUCAUUGAAAAAAACCACCGCUGUAAAACUAACCAACAACAAUCGAAAAAAACGACCUCGUCUCCUCAUCCUUUCAAGGAAAAAAACACGAGCCUUCACCAACACAAAAGCAAUCGCGACAAUGGCAAGAACCUUAGGCUACAAGGUAACCAUCGCAGAGACCGAUUCAAACGUAGCAAAAGUAGCUGAAACCAUAAACGCUUGUGAUGUAAUGAUGGGUGUCCACGGUGCUGGGUUAACCAACAUGGUUUUUCUCCCAAGCAACGCAAUCUUAAUCCAAAUCGUACCCAUCGGUGGGUUCGAAUGGUUAGCACGAACCGAUUUCGAAGAACCAUCGAAGGGCAUGAACUUAAGGUAUUUGGAAUAUAAAAUUAAAACAGAAGAGAGUACAUUGAUUCAACAAUAUCCACCCUACCAUGAAGUUAUAAGGAAUCCAGGUGCAAUUGCAAAACAGGGUUGGGAUGCAUUUAAGGCAGUGUAUUUACAGCAACAAAAUGUGAAGCUUGAUAUACAUAGAUUUAGACCCAUUUUGUCAAGAGCUAUUGAGCUUUUACAUGAGUAAGUUAUUAUAAACUAUAUUCAAUCAUUUUUCUUCAAUGUA